AUGCUCAGUGCGGAUCAGCCGCCGACCCCUUCAUCUCCCCGAAGAUCGUCGUCUCCCACCUCCUCAUCAACACGGAAACAGUGUGCUGUCAGGGCGGCGACACAGGGUCGAGUCCUGGUCCUGGAGGGGCUGGAGAAGGCAGAGAGAAAUGUCCUGCCUGUCCUCAACAACCUGCUGGAGAACAGGGAGAUGCAGCUGGAGGACGGACGCUUCCUCAUGUCAUCUGAGCGUUACGACAAGCUGCUGCAGGAGCACACCAAAGAGGAGCUGGACAGCUGGAAGAUUGUCCGUGUCAGUGAGGACUUUCGGGUCAUCGCUCUCGGCCUUCCUGUCCCCAAGUACAAGGGCAACCCGUUGGAUCCUCCUCUCCGCUCUCGCUUCCAGGCCAGAGACAUCUACUACCUCCCGUUUAAGGACCAGUUGGAGCUGUUGUACACAGUAGGCCCAAACAUCGCAGCAGAAAGGGUGUCCCAGCUCCUGUCUUUAGCCACGACGCUGUGCUCCCAGGAAUCAGCCAACCUCGGCCUUCCUGACUUCCCCGUGGACAACCUGCCUCCUGCCCUCAGCGUGCUGAAUGCUUUCCCCAUGCUGUCCUCCCAGCAGCUCGUCCAGAGACUCUACCCCUACAACAGCAUCAUGGGAAAGGAUGGACGCAGAGCCGUGGAGGGCGUGCUCAGCAGGUUUGAGCUUUUGGAUGGUCGUCGUCAGCCAGCACCCAGCGCCAUUUUGAGUGUGUCCAGGGCGAAGGAUGUUGAGGGCCAUGCAGACGUCACAUUAAAUGUUGCGAAUAAGGACAUCACCUUUCAGGUUCCUGCAGGCCUCAAAGAGCUGCGUCCUCCCAACAGCAGCUCCACAUUCAUCAGCACGCCGAGCCACUCGCAGCUCAUGGCUGAGAUGAUGCAGUCGCACAUGGUGAAGGACAUUUGUCUCAUCGGAGCAAAGGGUUGUGGCAAGUCAGUGAUUGCACGAGAGUUCGCUGAGAUGUUGGGUUACAGCAUCGAGCCGGUGAUGCUCUACCAG